ACACUUUGAUACCCAUUGAUAUUACCGCGCAGCAAUCAUGUCCGCCGACACAGUAGGAAAGACCAUCACUUGCAAGGCCGCAGUCGCCUGGGAGGCCGGCAAGGAUCUCUCCAUUGAGGAUGUCGAGGUUGCACCACCCAGGGCCCACGAGGUCCGCAUCCAGAUCUACUACACUGGUGUCUGCCAUACCGAUGCCUACACACUAUCCGGAAAGGAUCCCGAGGGUGCCUUCCCCAUUGUCCUUGGUCACGAGGGUGCUGGUAUCGUCGAGUCCGUCGGCGAGGGAGUCACAAACGUAAAGCCCGGCGACCACGUUGUUGCGCUAUACACACCAGAAUGCAAGGAGUGCAAGUUCUGCAAGUCUGGCAAGACCAACCUAUGCGGAAAGAUCCGAGCAACCCAGGGUAAGGGUGUCAUGCCCGACGGCACCUCGCGCUUCAAGUGCAAGGGCAAGGACCUCCUCCACUUCAUGGGCACAUCCACAUUCUCGCAAUACACCGUCGUAGCAGACAUCUCCGUCGUCGCCAUCACCGAGGAGGCGCCCAUGGACCGCACCUGCCUGCUCGGCUGCGGUAUUACCACCGGUUACGGAGCCGCCGUCAUCACUGCUGGCAAGGGCGGAGUCGAGGAGGGCUCCAACAUCGCUGUCUUCGGUGCCGGCUGUGUCGGUCUGUCUGUCAUCCAGGGAGCAGCCAAGAACAAGGCCGGCAAGAUCAUUGUCGUAGACGUCAACGACGCCAAGGAGGAGUGGUCCAAGAAGUUCGGCGCAACACACUUUGUCAACCCCACCAAGCUCGGCAGCCAGAGCAUCCAAGACAAGCUCAUCGAGAUGACCGACGGUGGCUGCGACUACACCUUCGACUGCACGGGCAACGUCAACGUUAUGCGCGCCGCUCUCGAGGCAUGCCACAAGGGCUGGGGUGAGUCCAUCAUCAUCGGCGUCGCCGCCGCCGGCCAGGAAAUCUCCACCCGCCCAUUCCAGCUCGUCACCGGUCGCGUGUGGAAGGGUUGCGCAUUCGGCGGUGUCAAGGGCCGCACACAGCUCCCCGGUCUGGUCGCAGACUACAUGAAUGGCGACCUCAAGGUCGACGAGUUCAUUACUCACCGACAGCCACUGGACAAGAUCAACCAGGCCUUCUCGGAUAUGAAGGCUGGCGACUGCAUUCGCUGCGUUGUUAACAUGCGAGAAUGAGUACGCUCGGGCCCCCAAGAUCAAGGUUUGAAAGCGCGCUUGUAGAUGCACGUUGAGCUUGGCAUUGGUGUGGAGUUGAGGGACGCAUAUGGAGGCGUUGAUGAUGAUGAAGAGCGUGUUUUUUCGUCGUGUGUAUAUGUGUUUGGACCAAAAGGUCUGGGCUUUUGUAGUUAGGGUAAAUGUAAAAGUCAUCCAAGCAAAUA